AUGGCAUAUCCCACAUCAUUGAUGGAGUCCGGCCUAAUAUCCAUCGCCCUCGUCAUAAGAUCUCGCGACGGCCCGCGAUUCGUUUUCCACUACCCACCACAUCCUGAUACCAAGGCUUCCCGCCGCAAGACCCUCUACGGGACCGAGCUCGACGAGAGCGACUCCGAAGAGGAUGUCCCACCGACAGAUAGCUCCGAUCUCGAAGACAGUGGAAUCGCCGGCAAAGUUCAAAGCCUAGACAUGAGCGAGACGGCCGAGAAGAGAGAUCACGUGGAGCCUGUCCAAGGAGACGACCAUUACGAUACCAGGAACGGCGAGCAUGUUGUUCCUUGGGAGCGCCUGUUUGACUUUUAUACUACAGAUUUAGAGAGUAUCUUGACACCGUCGAGAGCGUAUCACAAGAAGAGGUUCGAGCUGUCGUUGGAUCCACUCUAUUUCGUUUCGUACCCGAUGCAUGUCUAUCCGAAUGGGCUUUGGAACAAGAAACUGAAGAAGUCGAAAAAGAGCAAGGGGGUUGAUACGGAGACGAAGGCUUCGAGUAAGACCAGGUCCGUCCAGAGUGAUGGGAAGGACAGAUCCACCAGCGCGACAUCGGCUGAGAAUGCUUCGGAGAACGGGGAAGAUCACGGAGGGAUGACGAUGUUUAAUGUGGUUUUCAUUCUCAAUGUUGCUAAAGACGAAGCUGAUGAGCGGAUUCUUACGAUAUAUGAGCAUGUUAUUAAGAAACUUAACAAGGCGAUGAAGCACGCCCAGGCUACUGCUAAUUAUGUGUGGAAGGAAUCGGAGAUGAUCCUCUUGAUGAAGGAGAAGGCUCGGGAAGAGAGGCGUCCGAUGAGUUGGCUGUGGACAGAGAUACUGCUCAAGUCAACGCUUGCUGGCAUACUGCGAGACGUAUUUACUGCCAUCUCCGGGAACAAGAUCGUGACGUUUCCUGUUCGAAGUAAACCGCCAGAAGAUAUAUCACUCCAAAUUCCAGUUCCAUCGUUCCUCGUUAGCAUACCGACCUUUAAUGAGAAGGCGAUGCCCGGCCUGCUUCUCACUUCGGCAAACCCCUACAUCGACGAGGAAGGGGUCGAGGACCCCUCUUAUAUCAACAAGCACUAUGCUCUCCUCCUUCUCGACGACGAAAGCAAAAUCAUCCCUGAAAUCCAAGCAGACGAUACCGAACUCUCCGCACCACUCAUAGAGUGUAUCCGGCUUUGCAAGCCCACUCUAUCCCUACUUCAAGUAGCCCAGAUCAACUCCAUCGAAGUCGGAAGCCUCCUCAUCCUUGCCAACCACCUCAUCCAAUACCGACGAGCCGUCGCCAUCCCACCCCUGCAUGCACGCGAAAUCUACAUCGUCUCCCCCAACUGCGACAACCGCAAGCUCCCCGUGGCAAGCCUGGCAUGGAAGAAAGCCUUCCCCCUCGCGCCCUCUCUCUCCAACUUCCUGGCUACCCUCUCCGUAGCACCUCGCCAAUACAAGAUCCACGCACCCAGCAAAGACCACCGGCCAACCUACCUCGACAUGCUCGCCUGGCUCAUCCGCGGCGGCUGGGUGACGCAGCUCCGCAGUUUCGCGUGGAUCCUCGUCUGGCCAGAGAUCAUCUACGAAGUCGCGUACCAGCUCCGCUCCGACGCCAUCGAGAAGGCAAAGAAGGGGAUCAAGUCCCGUACCGGCUCAAGCGAGUCUGCCGAGUCGGAAUCAACCGACGAGUCGAAUCCAGACAGGAACCGCACCCUGGAUCGCAACGCUCCGCUGACGACGGAGCAGGUAGCCGAGAAUGCGCGGCUGGAGCGACUCGCUAAUAAGGUCGCCAAGCAGGCUGCCGAAGAGGCGGCGGAGUUUGCAAAGAUGCCUGCUCCCGUCGCGACGGAUUACCCGUCUAAGAAUAGAGCGGAGCAUCUGAAGAACAUAGCCCCGUAUAUCAUCAGGGAUCCGCACAAGGUGUCGCACGAAGAGUCGCUCUACAUCGCGGCGCUCGGGAAGCGCUUUGCGGAGCCGAAGGCCAAGGAGUGCUGGCAGCGGUUCGCAAAGUACUUUAAUGGGACGGAGGCCCUGGAGAUGAUCGCCCUGCGGGAGAACAUGAAGCGCAAGGAGACGUGGGGCAUACUGAUGAACUACCAAGAGCAUCUCCUGGUUUGCAGGCACUGGUGA